AUGACGGCAGCCAUUAAGGUUCAAGCACCUCCUUUGCCUGUGCUGGGGCGAAGUGCCAUGGUCCGUUCACUCCGGCGCCCUGGAGCUUUGCCACUGAUCCUCGCCCUUGCGGCCCUUGCUCUGCACUCUGCCCGCAGCUUUGUGCCAAACGCAGCCCCGAUUGCGCUCAAAGGCUUGUUCUCAGGCCCCGUUCGAGAUCGCACCCGCUUCGAGAUGCCUCGGAACAACAACUUCGACAAAUGCCUCGUUCUCACGAUAUCUCUUCUACAGCCUGUCACAGCCUUGGCUAAGUUGGAGAAGGAUAUUGAGGCCAAGAUUGAGGAGGCAGAUAAAGCGGAGGACAAUUCUCGCAAGUCGGAGCUUGCCCGCCUUCUGGUGCUGACUCGCACAAGUGCCGCCGCCACCGCAUGGCAGAUGACCAAGGAGCUGAAGACGGAGGUGGGCACCAGCGUUGCGGCCGCUAUCAGUGAGUUUGUUGGUAAGGAGGACUACAACAUAGAAGACGUGACGGCGACAGUGGAAGAGAAAGUCACAUCGGCCGUGAAGAAGCUCGACAAUGUGUAUCUCACUGCCGAUGCCGCCAAAGCGGCCCCGGAAGGAAGCAGUCCGAUCAUUCUUUCCGAGGUCGUGAAACCCGUGGCUGGCCAAAUCAAGGAGGGAGCGAAGGAGGCUGCGCUGGCCUUUACCGGCAAGGAGGAGCGCGCGGGCGCACGCGACAGGGUCUGGAAUGGGGCUCCCGGUCUCGUGUUUCACAGUUUCAGCGUUGUGUAG